GACGAGGAGGCAUACAAAGGUUGUGACCAGGGACCUGGUAGGUGUUGUUGCCGCUGUAGUCCAUCGCUGAGGUUGUCUCAGAGACCAAGUGUGUUUCGCCACGGUGUUGCGUCGUUGCCAUGGGGAAACAGAACAGCAAGCUGAGGCCGGAGAUGCUUCAGGACCUGAGAGAGAACACCGAGUUCUCCGACCACGAACUACAGGAGUGGUACAAGGGCUUUCUGAAGGACUGUCCCAGCGGCAACCUGAACGUGGAGGAGUUCAAGAAGAUCUACGCCAACUUCUUCCCGUACGGAGAUGCCUCCAAGUUCGCCGAGCACGUCUUCCGAACGUUCGAUACCAACAACGAUGGCACCAUCGACUUCCGGGAGUUCAUCAUCGCGCUGAGUGUCACGUCACGGGGAAAGCUGGAGCAGAAACUGAAGUGGGCCUUCAGCAUGUAUGACUUGGAUGGGAAUGGGUACAUCAGCCGUGAUGAGAUGUUGGAGAUCGUACAGGCCAUUUAUAAGAUGGUGUCAUCUGUGAUGAAGAUGCCAGAGGAUGAGGCCACGCCGGAGAAGAGAACAGACAAGAUCUUCAGACAGAUGGACCUCAAUAAUGAUGGUAAACUGUCACUGGAAGAGUUCAUUAAAGGUGCCAAAAGUGAUCCCUCUAUCGUGCGGCUACUCCAGUGUGACCCCAGCUCCGCCUCCCAGUUCUAACCCCGCCCGCCCACCUGGCCUGCCACGCCCACCCUGAUUGCUAUGGAAAUAGUAACUCCAAUUAGUUUAUGAUGGUUCUCAUCACUCAUAUAUUUUUGGUGUACAAGAUGGAGGAAGAGUUUUAAAAGGAGAUAAAGCAAAAAUCAUCAUCAUUUUACUUUACUUUUUUUUUAAAGAAAAUAAGGGACAUGCAUAAAUUAUUAUUCAGAAGAUGAUACGACAACUGAGAAUACAAAAAACAAGCCGUUGUCCAAUGUGUUUUACUGUCUCUCUCUGGAUCCGGAAGGAUGGAAUUCUGGAAGAAUGGGAUGGAAUUCUGGAAGAAUGGGAUGGAAUUCCGGAAGGAUGGGAUGGAAUUCCGGAAGAAUGGGAUGGAAUUCCGGAAGAAUGGGAUGGAAUUCCGGAAGAAUGGGAUGGAAUUCCGGAAGAAUGGGAUGGAAUUCUGGAAGAAUGGGAUGGAAUACUGGAAGAAUGGGAUGGAAUUCCGGAAGAAUAGGAUGGAAUUCCGCUGAGCUCCCCUGCCUCACAACGUCAGAAAGUCCGUCUGCCAUUUUUACAAAGUCUGUUUAUUUUGGGGAAGAUAACGAAGGGAACAUUCCAUCCUGAGAACCAUGCAUGGGCCAUCUGUGUUCUAAUCAUUCUGUUCAAAAGAUUCCGUUCCCCUCCAAUGAAGGCACAGCUCCUCCAAUCCUCUUCCACUUUUAUAUCCAUAUUUAUGUGUACAUACAUGUGUAUAUGACAUUAUACCAAAUGAAUAGGCAAGUAUAUCUAUCUGUCUUCAUAACUCCUGCUGCGUUCAGAAGGCAGUAUCAUGUAGAUCUAUUGGUUGCUCUGAUUCAAUAUGGGAAUUGUCUAAUCGUUUGUUCAUAGAGGGAACAUGGGACCGGGACAGGGAAAGAAGUUGUGAUGUUUCUGAUAUAUGAUCUUUCACUGUGGUAAAGAAAACUAUUGGGUUUUUAUUACUGAUGUUAUAAAUGUAUUAUUAAUUUAAAUGUUUUAUUGUUAUAUUUUUUUUUUUGUACAUAAUAUUGUUUUCCUCAUGUUGUUUACUUGUUUUUAUUUAUUUUCAUUGUUGUGGUUUUUAAAUUUGAUUUGACAUUGAAGAUGAUUAUAACACAGUACUGGAAAGGAAUCCAUUGAAAGAAAGAGAAAGAGGAAGAAAUGAGGACUGUUCCUUCUCAUAUGGACAUUGACUUGUCUUUGGGAACCGUCCGUCUCUGUCCACGAUGGAAUGUGGAGAUUCCAAAAUUCGGCAUUGGAAGGGAAAAAUGUGGAAUAUUCUAGAAUAUUUAUAUCAGGUGAUUCCAUAAUGCAUUUGAUCAAUGAAACCAGUAGCAACACAUCAUAUAAUUUGAGCCUCCACGAGUGUGUGUGUGUGUGUGUGUGUGUGUGUGUGUGUGUGUGUGUGUGUGUGUGUGUGUGUGUGUGUGUGUGUGUGUGUGUGUGUGUGUGUGUGUGUGUGUGUGUGUGUGUGUGUGUGU